AAGUCUGACACUCAUAUAAACACUCAGGGUGACAUGGACCAGUACUGAGACAUGCCCCUGUGAGAUCCGCUUCAGUCCCAACAGUUUAGGCUCAUUUCUGUCUCUGCUCCUGCUAAAACCGGACUGCUGGAUCUUUUCUUUAGGUAUGGGUGCUCUGCAGUCCUCACCUGGUCCAGAAUACGUAGAUCUGGCGGAAAAGACAGGCUUUUCAUAUGAACAGAUUGGAGUCUUACAUAAAAGAUUCAAGCAGUUGAGCCACAAUGAAAAUACUCUACAGAGAGAUCACUUCAAGGAGAUCCCUGAUCUAGCAUGCAAUCCCAUCCGUUUGCAGAUCAUAGAGGCCUUCUUUGACAGAAGAAACUUCCGCCAGAAUGAAGCAGGUAAUGUUGAGGAGAUCGGCUUUGAGGAGUUCCUGGUGGUCAUGUCCCAUUUCAGGCCCCCGGCCCUGCACAUAACGACUGAACAGCGUGAGAGCGUCAGGAAGGAGAAACUGAGAUUUUUAUUCAACAUGCAUGACACGGACAACGAUGGGACGAUAACCCUCGAGGAAUACAGACAUGUGGUGGAGGAGCUGUUGUCUCACAGCGAGACACUGGAGAAGGACAAAGCCAAAAGCAUUGCUGAUGCUGCCAUGUUGGAGGUGGCCGGUAUUUCAAUGGGUCACAUGGAACCUGAUGAAUUCUACGAGGGAAUCACAUUCGAGGAUUUCCUAAAGUUGCUGAAAGGUUUUGAGAUCGAGACAAAAAUGAACAUUCGCUUCCUGAAAAUGGACACACCAACCUUGUGUAAGUGACGUUGGUGCACUAAGCUAUGCAGUGACUUAUAAUUAUUGUUUCACUAUUUAUUGUUUCCAGUUUGUCACUUGCAUUUAAUAUUAUGCCUUACUCAUGUUUGAAAACUAUGCAAAUUCAAUGCAACCCUGUAUACUGCAGAUGUAGUAGAAGUAGCUGAUUUGAUUGUCAGCAAUAAUAUGAGAUAAUCAGUCAAAUAACAAUCAGUCUGUUAAGCAAUAAUCACACAUCCAUGUCUGGAGAAGCAGACAGUAUGACUCUAUGCAUGCAGAUAUUGAUGCUUGAAGAACCUUUAAUAAUGUUCAUGCCAUAAAUCAAUAACUCUUAUAAUCAGGGAUAUAAAGGUUUGUCUUUAAAUAUAUAUAAUCAAGUCCAAUAGCAAUACAAUCAUUAUAAAUGCCUUUCAUUCACAUUAAAAACAUGGCACAUGGUACAUGCUCUCACACUACGGCAACUUUGCACAAUAAAGGCCAGUGAAACUUAUGUGACUUCAGUUUCAUGAUGUGUAUUUCUGAUAAUAAGGAAAUGGGAGUGCUGGCAUGCAGGAUUAAAUGCUUAAAUGCAGCAUCUGAUGAGUUCUUAUUCCAGGAAUACUGACCGGUUCACAUUAGGAAGAUCAUUUUAUUUUUUAUCUAACUACCCUUAAAUCCCUCUGUAUUCCAAUUACAAUACAAUAUGCGAACAAAGCUUUUGCAGUUUCAUCCUGUCAGAACUUUGUAUCAUUUAAAUUUCAAGCUCAACUUAAGCUCUCAAUCAUUGUUUCAGGAGCUUUAAACCAGCCAAGAGUUAAAAUAUGCACACUAAAUAGCAACAACAGGAGCAGUUAUAUAAUUUAAGUGUUUUCAUAAAGGUUCAAACUCUCCUUUACAGCAAAGGUUCCUCGUUGUCAUCACCCCUCUCUACAAACAGGUGCUGAUACAAAAAGCUUGUAUCAGUACCUGUUUGUUCUAUACCCAGCUUUUGGUGUUUCUAUGCAGAACAGUUUUAUGUCUUUGUGUUGUGUGUUGGAUGUAUACUGAUGUAUGUAUACUUCAUUUUUUAAUAUUUAAUGUGAAUGCCAAGUCAUAGACUGUCUAGAAUUUCCAAAGAUGAUCAUCAGCACUUCCGAUACACUUCAGACAUACUUCAGUGUAUUCAGUCAUGGGUGUAUACUGCCCUCUACAGGUCAAAAUGUGUAAAGCAUGUAAAAUGACAAUGAACCUGCACCUGAUUCAUUAAAGACAUUUCUACAUUUCUAUAGUGUGUGUUUUGUUUUUAGGUAGGUACCUCAGAUAAUGAAAAAUG